GAAAUAUUUCGUUUCCAAUGGCUCUGCCCGGAGAAGAGCCUGAGUUUAUGAACCUAAGAGAAUGGGAUAGAAAAGCUCGAUUAAUCCGCGAAAACCCGAAUUCUAGAAGGUUCUCUGCUUCAUACGUUGGCAGCUUUCGAAAAGAUUAUCACAAGUCAUCUUCUAGAACAACCGUUAACAACAUCUCUAGUACUGCCUCAUCCCCUGGCUACACUCUCAAAGAAGAGAUUGAUCCAUCAACAUAUUCCUUUACCAAUGCACUCAAGGCGUUACAAGCAAAGGCAAUGUUCAAUAAGAGAGAAUGGUUAACUCAAGAAGGGUUUGCUUUGAAUUCGAAGUGGAACGAAGCAGAGAAAUAUAUCUGCAAUCCAUUGUCUGGAGAAGUACCUAUGGAGUGUUUGUCUUCAAAAACACUACGCACAAGGUCUUUCAGAAACUUGACCACCAUGUCUGCUCCUCUUCACUACCAUAAUCCCAACCCAUCGAUGAACAAUAUUGGUCAAAACAAACCGAGUAAUAAUCCUAACGUUAGAGUCAUUCACGAGGAUCUUUAUGCUCCUGAUCCUGUUCUUGUUCGAGGAGAAGAGAAAGUUGUGGGGCUGAAACGAGAUGUGGGCAUUCAGAGUACGUCGGUGGAUCUUAGCUCCGGUAGCCCUAGUCCGGCGGAGACGCCUCCGAUCAUGGAAAGGUCGCUGAAACGAUACGUGGAAGCUAAUGAUUCGCCGGUGGAUUUCAAUCUCAAACUGGAAUAUCAACAAGAGGAUUUGAAGUUGGCAGAGAAUGAGACGGAAGAAGAGAAGCACGACAUAAAUAAAGAAGAAGAAGAAGGCAAGCAAGAAAUGAGUAAAGAAGAAGAAGAAAAGCAAGAGAUAACUAAAGAGAAAGGAAAAGAAGAACAAGAGAUGAGUGAAGAAGAACAACAAGUGAAGAAAAAUAAGACGAGGGGAAGUGGAUGCUUCCCAUGGGUGAGAUUAAGACAAAGACAAGCAAGAAAAUCAAAGUACAUCUUCCCAAUUUGUGUUCCUCAUCUUGUCAAACGUUGUUAAAAAAAAAAAAAAAAACUUAAACCCCACGAGAAAUAACAAACAACAAAAAAGGGUUGGCAACAAACAACGUUGUGAAUUUUCUACCAUACCCGAGUCUACACGAGAGAGUUCGAGGGAUGUGUUGUGUCAUUAAGUGGUUAGUUAUUUACUACGACCGAUUAAAUACUACCUGCCAUGUAAAUAUCUUUUAUAAUGUAGUACAAAUUUA